ACUGCUACCGUUGAAGUAAAAAUAAACAAACAAAAUAAAAAAGCCGGGCCCACGCUUCUCUCUCUCUUUGCCUGUAGUUUUCUCUUUACGUUUCAUCGUACCCUCUCUCUCUCUCCAGUUUUGUUUCUUUCUCUCUCUGCAAAUGGUGAUGUUUUAGGCUGUUUUGCAGAUGGGCUGAUGGGCUUUUACAAAAUUUAAUUUUUUCCAUCUUUCUUUUGAGUUCUUCAAAGCACAGGAACGAAAUAAUUCGAAGAAGCUCAGAAAGCAAAGAGUUUUUCUAGUUUUCUUCUUAGUUUUUGAAGCCAGGCUGCUUCCUCUCUGAGAUUUACUUUCAUUUUUGUCCUUUUCUUUCAGUACGCAACACAAAGGGCCCGAAGAAUUCACCGUUCUGGUGAUUGCUUUCCGGGUAACUUGAGGCGAUUAUAACAUUGCUAGUUAUCUGUCUGGCUAUUCUAACAAAGCUGUGAGGAUAUUAAAGCUCAUAACUGGAUGUUAAAGAGCAUAGUUUGAUCAAUAUGGGUGGUACUUGAGAAGUUGUAGCUUGAGACUCUAGCACUUUGGUAUUAUAUUGGAAGAAAUGGAGCAAAAGGAGGGUGAGAGUUGGAAAGAAAUGAUCAGGAAGAUGCUUCCACCAGGUGCCUCUCUUCCAGAAGAUUCAUCAGGGCUUGAUUACUCUAUAGCUAUGGAGUAUAAGGGUCCUCCGGUUGCUUAUGAAGUACCUAGAGUUGAGCCUCUUGAUGUAAAUUCACAUGCCAUUCCUACUGCAGAACCACUGUCAGAGUCCCAAAGGUCAGUUGCUAAUACUGGCCCCCCAGUGAUUGAACCGAUCCCCUUGCCGGUGUCUUAUAUUGCUGGUGUCACAAGUCCGCCUAAUCAGAGUCCAAGGGUUUCAGCAAGCUCUGCGUCAGUAGUGUCUGUGUUGCAAAACCCUGAUUUUUCUUCAGCUUCUCCUUCAGCUUCUCCUGGUUCAGUUUGCAAUCCUCCAAGUAAUCCUCCUAAACAAGUUGUUAAUGAAGUAAAGAGAGUGUCAGUAGUCACAUUUAAUACCGUUGAAAGGUCAGAGAGGAAAGAAGUGGAUUUGGAUAAGCCAGUUUCUCCUGAAUAUGUUGGGGUUUCAAAAGAAAAGAAGAAGAAGAAAAAAAGAGUAUGUUAUCGUUGUGGUAAGGGAAAAUGGGAAACCAAGGAAUCUUGCCUGGUGUGUGAUGCUAAGUAUUGCAGCAAUUGUGUGCUUAGGGCAAUGGGCUCAAUGCCUGAAGGACGGAAAUGUGUGACAUGCAUUCACCAGCCAAUUGAUGAAUCCAAGCGGUUAAGACUAGGUAAACAUUCCAGGCUCUUGUCCCGAUUACUCAGUCCUUUGGAGGUAAAGCAGUUUAUGAAAGCAGAGAAAGAAUGUUCUGCUAAUCAGCUCAGACCAGAGCAGCUAAUUGUGAAUGGACAUCCCCUGAAUCCAGAAGAGAUGGCAGAAUUACUUGGAUGCCCUUUACCUUUGAGGAAGUUGAAGCCUGGUAGAUAUUGGUAUGACAAGGAAUCUGGUCUCUGGGGAAAGGAGGGAGAAAAACCAGAUAGGAUUAUUAGUUCAAACUUAAAUUUCACAGGGAAACUUAAUCCUGAUGCAAGCAACGGCAAUACUGAAGUCUAUAUCAAUGGCCGGGAAAUUACAAAACUUGAAUUGAGGGUGCUAAAGUUGGCAAAUGUGCAGUGUCCACGUGACACUCAUUUUUGGGUCUAUGAUGAUGGUCGUUAUGAGGAAGAAGGUCAAAAUAACAUUAGAGGAAACAUCUGGGAGAAGGCAUCAACUCGUUUUUUCUGUGCCUUGUUCUCUUUGCCUGUGCCCCAUGGUCAACCUCAAGGAGCAAGAGAGGAGGCUAGCAAUUAUACUACUGUUCCAAAUUAUCUAGAGCAGAAAAGAACCCAGAAGCUUCUUCUACUAGGGCUUCAAGGCUCUGGAACAAGCACUAUCUUCAAGCAGGCAAAAUUUUUGUAUGGGAAUGGGUUUUCCGCAGAAGAACUGCAGGAUCUCAAGUUGAUGAUCCAGAGCAAUAUGUACCGAUAUCUUAGCAUAUUACUGGAUGGGCGGGAGCGCUUUGAGGAGGAAGCAAUGUCUCGAAUGCGAGAACUAGGUUCCAUCGAUCAAAACUGUGAAGCAGGUGGGGAGGUGGACUCUGGUGAAACUAACCAGUGCGCCUAUUCUAUAAACCCAAGGCUAAAGCAUUUUUCUGACUGGCUUCUGGACAUUAUAGCCACUGGAGAUUUGGAUGCAUUUUUCCCUGCAGCAACACGUGAGUAUGCUCCAUUAGUUGAGGAGUUGUGGAAAGAUCCUGCUAUACAGCAAACAUAUAGAAGGAAAGAUGAGCUUCACUUUCUUCCAGAUGUUGCGGGGUACUUCUUAAGCAGGGCUGUUGAGGUGUCAAGCAAUGAAUAUGAACCUUCUAAUCGUGACAUUCUUUACGCUGAAGGGGUCACCCAAGGGAAUGGCUUGGCUUUCAUAGAGUUUUCUCUUGAUGAUCGUAGUCCAAUGUCUGAAACCUACACUGACAAUUUGGAAGCUGCAUCCCAGCCUCUGACCAAGUAUCAACUUAUAAGAGUAAAUGCAAAGGGGAUGAAUGAAGGAUGCAAGUGGGUGGAUAUGUUUGAAGAUGUGCGUGUGGUCGUCUUUUGCGUCGCCCUUAGUGAUUAUGAUCAGAUGUCAAUAACAUCAUCAGAGAGUAGUGGCAGUGGAGCACUACUUCAGAAUAAGAUGAUGCAGACAAAGGAGCUAUUUGAAACAAUGAUAAGGCACCCUUGCUUUAAGGAUACACCUUUUGUGUUGAUACUAAACAAGUAUGAUAUCUUUGAGGACAAAGUCAAUGGGGUGCCUUUAAGCACUUGUGAGUGGUUCAAUGAUUUCAGUGCAAUGAGGCCUCUCCAUAGCCAUCAGUCCCUGGCUCAGCAGGCUUACUUUUAUGUUGCAAUGAAGUUCAAGGAUCUUUAUGCUUCCCUUACUGGACAAAAACUUUUUGUUGGGCAAGCUAGGGCAAGGGACCACCGGGUGACAAUUGAUGAAGCAUUUAAGUAUAUAAGGGAGGUUCUCAAGUGGGAAGAGGAGAAAGACGAAAACUACUAUGGAGGAGAAGAUUCAUUUUACAGCACAGAUGUUAGCUCCUCACCAUUUGUUAGGCAAGAAUGACUUGCAUUAGGAAUUUUACUUUGUAUUCUUCCAAUAUAAAGAAAGUCGUAGAAGUGUUCUGCCUUGUUACUCGAGUCAAAUAAGGAAAGCUGUUGUAAUUUUUUUUUUGUUUCCAAAAUAUCAAUUUAAUGAGAUCGGUCAAGUUGUUUGUUUCAGGUUUGAUUCUUUGUAACGCAUGAUUAAUCACUGCUUCUCCCUAGACUGCGUUAUUGCGUCAGGUGAGAUUUUGAAGGAUGUCUUUGCGCUUUUCCCAAAUGCAACAUAACGGGAACCAGAACCAAUGAUAGAUUCAUUUCAUUAGGGUGUCUCUCGUAUUUACCAUCCAAAAGCACCUGUUUUGUGUUUUUGGCUGGAUGAACGCAGCGAAUGUUACUAAUAGAUGAAACAAGCAUCCGGGGCCACUCGUCAUUGGAAGAGCUGGUCAAAUACCCAGUAUAUAAAUAAUCGUAUAGUUUGUCCGUAACAGGUUGACCAUCAUUCUAUAAGAUUCACCUAACAGGUAAAGUGGUAAUUUGAAGUUCAAGAAUCCACAUGUACCAGUUCGCCUUA